GUUGUGAGAGGCUCGGCGCUGUCGUCUCGCGGCAAUUGGCCCGUGUUGGCACCGUCUGCGCGCCGUCUCCGGCGCGCGGACACCCACGGGCAGCCUCCGGACGCCGCCGGGCAGCACAGUCUCACCGCGCGGCAGCAAGGCGAGGCAAAGCGCUCGUCUCUGAUCUAGCGCCAAAGCCAAAGCGCUCAGCUGGCCUAGCGCCACAAGCGUAGACCAUGGCCCUCGUCAUCCGCGACGCCUGGAGCGGCCAGCCGACGCACGCCAUCUACGUAAGGCACGCGCACAUCCUGAAGCCGCUCUUCCACAGCGACCUCAAGCAAGCCUUGUUACAUUCCACCUUUAGAAGGGUCAUCCUCCGCAAUAAACUGGGCAUCAAGUUGGAUGGGAGGACCUUCUCGUCAUUAAUAAGGGAGCUGGACCCGCGCUUCACGGGGUAUGUGAAGUAUGACUCCUUCGCGAGACACCUGCAGAAGGACUACAAGCUCGCGAAAGCUCUCGAGUUGCGCUUCGUCUCGGCAGAACAAGCGGGCAAGCCGACCUUCAAGAACGAGAUGCGCACGUGGCGCAAGAAGGGCACUGUCAGGAGAGAAACGGUGGUCUCGAACAACAACCCCAGCUCGUUGGGUGUGGGUGUCACGCAAAGGCGACUAAGGAGAGAGCUCGUGCGGCAGAUGUCUGCGCAAGUCCGGAGGGAGGAGGAGGAGUUCCGGAUGAUGAGCAAGCAGGAGAAGCGGGACUAUCGCGCGAGGCAGCGCGGCGAGCCGAUCAAGAAGAAGCGCGAGAUGCUGAGACAUGAAAAGACGGAGAUCUUUGGCGCGGGCAUUUUGAUGAUACUCCCUACCACUACUCGUCUCCCAUCUACCGAAGCGAAGGACGCGUGGUCGAACCCCAAGACGAAGCUCACGCUGCGCGGGCGCUUCGACUGAGUUCUAGUCCUCCCUCCUUCCCGGCCGUAAGGGCUCUUUGAAGAUAGUUCUCUUU